GAUGAGGCAGAGAAGAAGCAGCUGCAAAGCAUCGUCGAGAACAACGCUGAGGGCUCCGCGCUAUACAGGGACCUGGUCCAUGACUUUGCUCAUCAUGCGGACGUCUUCAAGAAGUUCUCAAGUGCCCGGCCGCCCAUCGAGCAGCUGAUCCAGAUGAUUCCAGUGCUGAAACCCAGGAGCUACUCCAUCGCCAGCUCACCGCUCAUGCAUCCGGACAGGAUCCAGCUCUGUGUGGUUUUGGUGGACUGGACCGUGGAGACCACCAAGGAACUUCGCUUGGGUGAGUGCACAGGCUACAUGAGGCAGCAGAAGCCCGGCGCGCAGAUCAUGUGCGCCGUCCGGCAGAGCGCCAUCGUACUCCCCACAGAGGCCACACGGCCGGUGCUGAUGGCAGGCAUGGGAACUGGCCUAGCACCGUGGCGUGCGGUGACACAGGAGCGAAUUAUGCAACAUCGCCAGGGGACGAAGGUCGGCCCUUGCAUGCUCUUCUUCGGUGCUCGAUACGCUGUGGAGUACCUGUACAGAGAAGAGUUUGAGAGCUACGUGAAGGAAGGUGUGCUAAGCAUGCACACGGCUUUCUCGCGAGAGCAGGCUCGCAAGAUCUAUGUUCAGCACCGGAUCAUCGAGGCCGGCGAGAAGGUCGCAGACUACAUGCUGCGCCAGGAUGGCCACUUCUACGUCUGCGGUUCCGCCAGACAAGUUCCGGAGGACAUCUACACCGCCAUGAAGGAGGUGAUCAUGGCAAACGAGAAGUGCAACGAGGAGGAGUCGGAAGCCAUCUUGUCAAACCUCAAGAUGGAGGGCAGAUACACUGUGGAAGCGUGGUCUUGA